AUGGAGACGACGACGACUCCUUUACUUCGCGUUCUCGUUCUCGUUCUCUUCCUCUUCGAUUCCGCUGUCGCCCAGCCCUUCCUCUUCGACCCCAUCAACCCGCUGCUGAAUGCUGGCCCGGCGCAGAAGAAGCCCAACUAUGAGACCUCGUUCACCGGUAUCUGGGAACUCAUCCGCAACAGCUCCGGCGUGUCGGCCAUGCACCUGGUCAUCACCAAGGAGAACAAGGCCAUCCUCUUUGACUCCACCAACUCCGGCCCCUCCCUGCUCCCACUGCCGGCCGGAAAUUGCCGCCCCGAUCCCACCAACAAGACCAACGGCGAGGACUGCUGGGCGCACGCCGCGGAAUACGACUUCGUGGCCGACCAGCUCCGGCCGCUCAAGGUGUUGACGAACACUUGGUGCUCGUCGGGAGGAUUCGCCGCCGAUGGGACGCUGGUGCAGUCCGGUGGGUUCCAUGAAGGAGCCACUGCGGUCCGGUACCUCAAGACUUGCCCGAUGUGUGAUUGGAUCGAGUACCCGGCUGCUCUCUCUGUCAACAGAUGGUACGCCACCCAACAGAUCCUGCCCGACGGCAGCUUCAUCGUGGUCGGUGGGCGCCGCGAGUUCAGCUACGAGUUCAUCCCCGCCCCCGGUCAAUCCAACCCCUCCAACUACAAGCUCCCGUUUCUCAUCGAGACCACCGACGACGAGGAGAACAACCUGUAUCCCUUUCUCCACCUAUCGACCGAUGGCAACCUCUUCAUCUUCGCCAACAACCGAUCGAUCCUCCUCGACCCCCGCACGCACACCAUCCUGCGUGAGUUUCCGCCCUUGAAAGACGGCUCGCACAACUACCCGGCCUCCGCCGCCUCCGCCCUCCUCCCCCUCCGCCUCCGCAGCAGCACGACCGCUCCCAUCCCCGCCGAGGUCAUCAUCUGCGGCGGUGCUUCUCACAAGUCUGCCGCGCUCGCCGCGGAAAAGGUCUUCAUUCCGGCACUCCGUCGGUGCUCCCGCCUCACCAUCACUAAGCCGAACGCGAGGUGGCACACGGAAGUCAUGCCGACGCCGCGCGUCAUGGCCGACAUGCUUCUCCUCCCCACCGCUGACGUUCUCAUCAUCAAUGGUGCGACCAAGGGCACGUCCGGGUGGGGCUGGGCCGAGUCACCGAACCUGGAGCCCCUCCUCUACCAGCCGUCAUCGAGGCGCAACGAAAGGUUCAAGACGCUAACGCCAACCACGAUCCCGAGGAUGUACCACUCGACAAGCGCGGUGCUACCCGACACCAGCAUCCUGGUCGCCGGCAGCAACCCAAACAACAGGUACAACUACACGGCACAAUACCCGACCGAGUUCAGGUUGGAGAGGUUCUACCCGCCGUACCUCGACCCUGCAUUGGCGGUCCACCGGCCGAGGAUCGUAAAGGAGCUUGCUCCGAGCAGCGUGACCUACGGAACGAGCUUCCAAGUCGUGUUCGACGUAGCAGACUUAGGGUUGGAAUCGGGGGACUUGAAGGUGACGAUGUAUGCGCCGCCGUUCACCACGCAUGGUUUCUCCAUGAACCAGAGGCUUCUGAUACUGAGUACGGUGGAGCUGUCGCCUGCUGGAUUGGGAAGGUGGACGGUUGCAGUGACUGCGCCGCCCUCAGGAGUGGUGGCGCCUCCUGGGUACUAUCUUCUGUAUGUAGUGAACCGUGCGGUGCCAGGUGAAGGGGUGUGGGUUCAGCUAAUGUAG